AUGUUUGCAUCCCACACGAAGCGGCCGAGAGACGACGAGGAAGGGGACACUGGCCGCUUGGACGAUGAGAGGUACAUCAAGAGAGUCCGCUCAUGGGCUUCCCGGUACGCUGCCGAACCCUCGCACUCCAGAGUACCCGACCGGCCCUCAGUGUUGGUCUCGUUGACACCACUACCUCCCGACCUGGCCACUCUGACUCCGGCCAACUCGUCCCCUAGCGAUACCGAAGUGUACUCUCCGCACCGCCUUCAGAAUGCCCUCCAACCCGACAACGCACGCCUUUCCUCGCCACGGGCCCCAACCAUCGUGCGCGGCGGCGGCGUCGAUAUGGACAUGGACGACACGGAAAUGGACGACCGAGAUUCCGACGAUCACGAUGAUUUCGACAUGGUGCACAGCCCGCCGUACGAUGGCUCGUUUUCCGGUCUGUUUUCGCAGCCCUUGCGCCCGGCCAAACUAGAUUCAACCCUCUUCAGGAGAAGGGGUUCUGUGGGCGAAGAUGAGGGCAUUGGAGGCAACGCCACAGGCAGGCUUCCGACACCCAUGUAUCCCAAUUUUCCUCCUGCCACUACGGCAGUUCCUGCGCUGAGGAGUUGCGAUGGGCUAUUGUCAGCGGGAACCGGCGGUCCUACUUUGCUAGGCGUACCAAAUCCCCACCACCCGAACUUCAUUCCCAUCCCACACGUACCACCAGUUCCACUGCCAAAGAAGCACGCCCACAUCAUCGACCACGACCGUGCUAGGCGGAUGCCGUCGCCCAUCUCUGAAGACGAAGAUCUCCCAGACACGCCCACUGCAUGGACGCAGAGCCAGCUUGAGCGGCUGAGCGUGACGGGCGAGCGGCAGUUCCACAUGGAAAUCGAGGAGUCUACCCCCGUACCUGCUGCAAGCGUUGCAACUACGGAUCUCUCUACUUCUGCACAUCCCGAAGGCUCCGAACCCCCAGGCGUGCUUACGACGCCGACGCGAGGCCGCAAGCGGAGCGGCGCUCUUUCCUCGGGCAGAGGAAGAUUUAGCAUGGGGUAUAGGGAGGACUGCGAAAAGUGUCGGAUGAGGGUCCCGGGACAUUAUUCGCAUUUUCUUCCGAAUUAA